UGCGUUGGGGAUACAAGGAAAGACCAAGACCAAGACCACCAGCCUUAAGGGGCUCAAGUCUAAUCGGGAAGUGCAUGUUAAGGGAGAUCGGAGCUGAGUAGGGCGAGUCACUGCAAACCAAACACUGAAAUUCCUAUUUCACAGCACAAUAGAUCCCCGGAGGUCACGUGGGCCAACCCACUCCUUUUACCGAGGGGGAAACUGAGGAGUGAAAGGCAUUGGCUCGGCAGGCAGACAGCGGCGGCCCAGGAGGGGGAGGGGCAGGCGCGGUGGGGCGGGAAGUCGUCCCCCGGCUGCCCGGCGUGGUUGUCAGCUGCACAGGAAGUUCCUGUCGGUGCUCCGACUGUAACCUUGUGGGACUUCUCGGUCCGGAGCGGAGGAAGGGGGUAGAGAACAGCCAGGAAGUGCCGUACUUCGCUCCGCUCCGAAUUCCGCCGUCCCAGUCCCGCGAGCAGACGCAGGCCGCGGCCCAGAAGCGGCGGCGGCGGCGGAGGAGGAGGAGAAAGAGCGGCGGCGAGGCGAGGCCUGCACGGGUCCCACCGCCAGCAUGUCCCUGGUGGCUGAAGCGUUCGCCUCCCAGGUUGCAGCUACAGAACCUUGGCCUGAAAAUGCUACACUUUAUCAGCAGCUGAAAGGGGAACAAAUUUUGCUUUCUGAUAAUGCUUCUUCUCUUGCUGUUCAGGCCUUUUUGCAAAUGUGUGAUCUCCCCAUCAAAGUGGUUUGUAGAGCAAAUGCUGAAUAUAUGUCUCCAUCUGGUAAAGUACCUUUUAUUCAUGUGGGAAAUCAAGUGGUAUCAGAACUUGGUCCAAUAGUCCAAUUCGUAAAAGCCAAGGGCCAUUCUCUUAGUGAUGGGUUGGAUGAAGUCCAAAAAGCAGAAAUGAAAGCCUACAUGGAAUUAGUCAAUAAUAUGCUGUUGACAGCAGAGUUGUAUCUUCAGUGGUGUGAUGAAGCUACAGUAGGGGAGAUCACUCACUCUCGAUAUGGAUAUCCUUAUCCUUGGCCUCUGAACCACAUCUUGGCUUACCAAAAACAAUGGGAAGUCAAACGCAAGAUGAAAGCCAUUGGAUGGGGUAACAAGACUCUGGAUCAGGUCUUAGAAGAUGUAGACCAGUGCUGUCAAGCUCUUUCUCAAAGACUGGGAACACAACCUUAUUUUUUCAAUAAACAACCAACUGAACUUGAUGCCCUGGUCUUUGGCCAUCUCUUCACAAUCCUUACCACUCAGUUGAUCAAUGAUGAGCUCUCUGAAAAGGUGAAAAAUUACAGCAACCUCCUUGCUUUCUGUAGGAGAAUUGAACAGAACUACUUUGAAGACAAAGAACGCGUCCCUCUCAGGAGAAAAUCAAAAACCCAGUCCGAAGAAAAUACGCUAAAGAAGAGAAAGGCAAAAUCCAAGCUUUGGAUACUUGUGAGAACACUGGGAGGUAGCCUGGUCAAGACUCUGCCUCUCUGGAGAUUGACCAACAGCUAUUAGAGCCUCGGGAUGUGAAGGCUAACCUCCCUCUUUUACCCCUGGAAGAACACUGCUGGCUUUAGCUACGUUCCUAGAUGCUGUAGUCGGGCUAUCAGUAUCCCCUUCUUUGAAUAAAUUCUCCUUAUUUCACAAAA